GCCUACAGUCUAUGGGCAGUGAUGACUACCUGACUUCUCAUUAUUGAAGGUUUGGGCUUUGACAUGGCUGGGACAGUGCUAAUCCGAUGUAUGAGCAGGACUUUACUAUCUGCAGCUCAUGGGGCAAAAGGGUUCAGAACCAGAGGGACAACCCGUUUCUACUGGACAACUUUUAGAAGGACUGCCAUUGCUCUGACUAGUGGAAGAGCUGCAUUCCUAGUGGGGCUUCCUACACUAUCCUGUCUGGGAUAUGAGGCUUAUCACAGAGUGCAGAGUUCAGCAGUGGUCCACGCUUUAGAAAAAGAGGAGGUUUUGGAGCAGGCUGACUACCUGUACAGCUGUGCAGAGACAGAGAAGCUGUACCAGCUGCUGCUGCAGUACAAGGACAGCGAUGAAGCAGAGUUCCUGUGGAGGCUGGCCCGGGCGUCCCGGGACAUGGCGCUCCUGCCCGACAUGGAGGACAAACAGAAGAAGGAGCUGAUGUUUGAAGGCUUCGAAUAUGUGAAGAAGGCACUCGAGAAGGAUGAGAAGUGUUCAGCCGCACACAAAUGGUACGCAAUAUGUCUCAGUGAUGUAGGGGAUUACUUGGGAGUCAAGGUCAAAAUUGGAAAUGCUUACAUCAUCAGGGAUCAUCUAGAGAAAGCCAUUGAGCUCAAUCCCAAAGAUGCCACUUCCUUGCAUAUUUUGGGUUACUGGUGCUUUGCUUUUGCCGAGCUGCCUUGGUAUCAACGCAAGGUGGCAGCUGUCAUUUUUUCAUCCCCACCUGUGUCCACAUAUGAAGAGGCUUUGCAAUUUUUCCUGAAAGCAGAAGAAGUUGAUCCAAACUUCUACAGUAAAAACCUGCUAAUGCUUGGGAAGACGUACCUGAGCAUGCAGGAGAAAGAGAAAGGGCUUCUCUUUCUAACCAGAGCUAAAGAGUACCCUGCUCACACACUGGAAGACAAAGAGGUGCAUAAAGAGGCGGUAGAGCUCUUGAAGAAACUAGUGUGAAGCCGGUACCUUCGAGUGGAAUGAUGCCUUUGGGGACUUUGACUGUUAAUUAUUGCUAGCUGCUUUUUCUUAUUCAGAUUUAGUGAUUAUUAAAACAGCUUUUGGCCUUA